CAGGGCGAACGCGGGGGCCACGUGGCGCGCAGGUGAUGUCUGCACCUGCUUUCUGGACCACCUGGCGGGCAUGAGGAGCUGAGGAGGAGCGCGAAAGGAGCAGCGAUGAGCUCGGAGGCGUAACUUCUGCCUAACUCCCUUGACUUGACUUAUUUGGCUGUGGCCCGGGGGGCUGCGAUCGGACACCUCACCUGACCUGCUCUCGGGGAUCACCUUCUCAGUCCGGUGACUACCUGCGACCAGAAUUAAAGACUACCAGUAUAAUCAGGUGCCUACUGUCUGCUGGAUGAUGACCUCUGAAGUCUUGAGUGACGGCCAGCUCAGAAUUUACUUGAAAGGGCUUGAAUGACUUAAAAUUAUUGGCUUGGAACAUGACUUCAACUGAACGUUUAUGACUAAAAGCUUCUAAAGCAUGAAUUUGACCAACUGCACUGCUGUGAGUUUUCCUGCUGAUGCUGUGAGUUCGAGUGCCCCUGGCAAGGCUGUCCUCACACUCACCCUGUCCUUGCUGACAUUGAUGGCCACUGCCAUGAACUCCCUGGUCAUCACGGCCAUCAUCGUCACCAAGAAGCUGCACCACCCUGCCAACUAUCUCAUCUGCUCGCUGGCCGUCACCGACCUCCUGGUGGCCGUCUUGGUGAUGCCCUUCAGCAUCAUCUACAUUGUAAUGGAGACCUGGAUCAUGGGCCAGGUGGUGUGCACCAUCUGGUUGAGCGUGGACAUCACCUGCUGCACUUGCUCGAUCCUACACCUGGCUGCCAUCGCCCUGGACCGCUACCGUGCGGUGACGGACGCUGUGGAAUAUUCGCGCCACAGAACCUUCCGGCGGGCCGCUGUAAUGAUUGUGGCAGUCUGGGUCAUCUCCAUCCUCAUCUCCAUUCCCCCGAUUGUCUGGAGACACCACAGGUUUAAUGGGACAGAGGAGUGCAUCAUUGAGCACGACCACAUCGCCUUCACCAUAUACUGUACCUUCGGAGCAUUCUACAUUCCACUCUGUCUCAUACUCAUCCUCUACUAUAAAAUUUACCGUGCAGCCAAGAAACUGUACCACAGGAGAAUUGCCAAACAGCUCCGCAACCAGAGAGGCAGCACAAGCAUGCUGGCCACAUGCUCAAACAUAGACCUCCAAACCCCCAAUACCCUCAGCCCAACAGAGAAGUCUUACUCAGAGCCUUCAACAGAAGCAGACCGAGUGCGCAUCACUCCACAGAGUCCAAAGGUAAAAUCCUUCAAGGGUCGACGCUUCUCUGUCACACGGGAGAGGAAGGCAGCUACCAUGCUGGGUUUGAUCUUGGGGGCAUUUAUCAUCUGUUGGCUGCCUUUCUUCCUGAAGGAGGUGAUAGUGAACACCUGCUGCACCUGCAGUACAUCCACGGAGGUGGCCAACUUCCUGGCCUGGUUGGGGUACCUGAACUCUCUCAUCAACCCUCUCAUAUACACUGUCUUCAAUGAGGACUUCAAAAAGGCCUUUCAAAAGCUGUGCGAGUGCAGGCAUUGCGUCUGCUGGAAAGAGACAAAGUAACCGCGCGUUGAUGUGUCGCUGGGAAUGAGAGCAGAAUAUAUGUACCAUAAAAGCUAUUUUCCUGCAGACGUUUCUUAAAACAUUGUUUGCUUUUUACAUACAAACACACCAAACUGAGACAUAACGGAUGAGUGCCAACUUUAAAAAAAAAAAAAAAAACCUUCUCGAAAAGACGUCAUCUCCCUGAUCAGAAAUUG